GAGGCCCCGCCCACCGCGGCGCGGUGACGUCACCGAUAACGCGCGCUCCUCCCCCUUUUCCCCGGGGCGUGACGUCAUCGCGGCAGCGCCGCGCGCCGGACGCCCUUGGCCGAGGGUGGGGGAGGGGAUGGCGGGACGCAUGGCCUCCGCUCUGCGCUCGCUGUGGGCCAAGGAGCCGGUGAUCGCCGUCAGCUUCGGCAUCGCCGCCGUGGCGCUGCUGUCGCCGCUGCUGAGCCCCCGCACCAAAUACUCGGGGAUGAUCAACCAGGCCACGCCCUACACCUACCCGGGUAUGGAGCCCUGCAUGGGCCUGGAAACGCCCCCAAAUAGCCCUAAAAACACCCUAAAAUUAACCUAAAAAUGCCCCAAAAUAUCCCUAAAAACGUCCUGAAAC